AUGUCGAUUUCACACGCACUAGAUGCACUGGAAUAUGAAUUGGAAUAUGAAUUGGAAUAUGAAUUGGAAUAUGAAUUGGAAUAUGCUGCUGGAAAUGAUUUGUCCACCUGCAAAUUCCAGCUUCUCGAUGCGUCUGCAGGGCAAUUCUGCUACGCUCAGUCUUUUGAUCGAUUUGCUGCCAUCGGCCACACCAUCGUUUCGGCUCAGGAGGUUCCACUCCGCAAGUAG